UCGUCCCAUGGCGUGAACGAAACGAAACGAAACGUAACGAAAAGAUAAACGUUAUUAGGCCGUUCUCCGCGCGCCACGAAUCGACGAGAAGAAUAAAACAGCGCGGAUCGAGACCAUUUAUCUCCUCCUUUUACCCUCCCCCGACCCACAGAUCACCCCGAAACCCUAAUCCCUCUCCUCCUCCUCCUCCUCCUCCUCCUCCUCUCUUCCUCUCGAAUCCGCAGCAGGAUGAGGCAGAUGCUUCCCUUCAAGGAGGAGUUCACCUUCGAGGAGCGGCUCCAGGAAUCGAAGGACAUCCUCGCCAAGUAUCCCGAUCGAGUGCCGGUUGUUGUUGAGAGAUUUUCAAGGACUGAUCUUCCAGAGAUGGAGAAGAGAAAGUUUCUGGUCCCUUGCGACAUGACCGUCGGGCAGUUCAUUCACAUUCUAAGAAGCAGGCUGCACCUUCCUUCUGGGAAAGCACUUUUCAUUUUCAUUCAGGAUACUUUGCCUCAAACAGCAAGCAUCAUGGAUUCUAUGUACCAACAAUACAAAGAUGAGGAUGGAUUCCUUUACAUGUGCUACAGCAGUGAGAAGACCUUUGGAUGAGUCUCACUACUUCGGUAAUUAAGUGGUUAUAUUUAUAUACAAAUGCGUACUAAUAUUGGUCAUCUUCUAUUAGAAAUUGCAAUGCAAGUAUCAUUAAAACUGUGUCCAAACUGUGUUCUGAUACAUUUUCUUUGCUCAAAUUGUGUAUAUAUAUAUAUAUAUGUAUAUCUAUGUACAUUAUUGAACUUAGCACA